AUGACCGGCAGUGGUGAAGCAGCCAAGGUUACUGUGGCAAGGGUAAAAGAAUCGGUUAAUCUGUACAAACAGUCUUCCCAACAUCAUCCUCAAGCUCCCCCAACCUGCCCCCCUCCUUAUACAUCUCCUCCUCCAUUGUACCCUUCCACCACUUCCCCUCCUUCUUACCCUACUGCUGCCUUCCCGUAUCCUCCCAGCUACCAGAACACUGUCGGAUUUAUGCCACACCACAAUGGAUGGACUUCAAGGUAUGCUUCCAGUUCAGGUUCAGGUCCAGCACGCUAUGAUCUACCACCAUCGGAGGAUUAUGAGCAGGAUCUCUCUGGGGCUGUUGGGGGAGCCAGGAUAUAGCAGGGUUCCACCCACAUCCAACAAACUUCCAUGACACAACUAAUCUUUCAAUAGAAUUAAGAAAACUUAUCAGCUCAAUUAAACUGCACUAGCUAAUAACAUAAACAUACACAUGCUGCAUGAAUUUGAAAUUUGUUUUCUCUUGUGUAUUUAUCAAUGGUACUUGCAGUGCAAGCUUUUACACUGAUUUGUUGUCUGUAGCUUUAACUGUUAUAUGUAGUCUUUCUUGUAUUGUACAAUCUAGCAUAUAUUUUUUAACAAUUUAAUGUAAUUUAUUUUAUUAAUCUUUUAACUUUUUUACUUUGACCAAUCAGUCUAUGAUAAUAGUAUUUUUUAUAAAAAUAUGACUGCAGGAUUUGCCUUAUCAAAUCAAAUCUUUCAUAUACUUUUUAACAUAUGAUGUAUUUUAAAAUUAUUAUUUUAAUUAAUUUUUACAAU